AUGUCAAAGGGGAAGGAACGUAGUGUGUGGUGCGACAGUGAUACACAUCAUUUACUUCAACUUUGGGAAGAACGUGCCAACGACUUGCGGCGUGCAAAACGGAAUGGUCACAUUUACCAAGAUAUUGCAGCGCAAAUGAACCAUAAAUUUACUGCGGAAGAGGUGCAGGUCAAGAUUCGAAAUUUCACGCAAAAAUACAGGGAUGAGAAAAUGGAAAUGGGGCCGUCUGGUGGGAGCCCAUCGAAAUGGAAAUUCUUCGAAGCCGUGCACCGGAUAAUAGAGAGCAAUGCGGCGAAUAAUGCGGAAGUUUUGGAAUCGUUUUUAUUUAAAUAUACGUCUGAUUCAAGCAACCAUCCCGAAACAUCACCAUUGUCUCCAUCGCCACAGCCAUAUCUUGAUGUCGUGUUUCCCCCAGCAAGCCCAUCUUCGUCGUCCUCUGCAAAAAAGAGAAAUAAUUUAGGCGAAGUUAUAAAAAUUAUGAAAGAGCAAAAUGAUAUGCUGAAAUGUGUGGUAGAAGAUAGCCAAUGUCUGUCAAAUCAAAUUGUGAGUGCUAUCAGAGAACAAAAUGAAACCAGCCGAGAAUUUAUUAAUUUAAUGAAAAAUGUAAUAGAUAAGAUUUAG